GAGUGAAACAGGUAAUGUAAAUCAGGAAGCUACUGGUUGGUCACCGCCAUUAAAAAUAUUUUAACCUGGGAUUUAAAAAAGGCAAAUAUCGUGGUUUUGGUAACAACAUUUAUCCAGAAAUAUUUAAGGCACAUCUUUUUGUCGUUUUAUCAGGGGACAUGCGGCUCACUACAAUUUGCGCUGGAGUGCUCCUGGGAAUUGUGAUUUUGUUACGCCUCAACCUGUCAGAAUGUCUGCACAUGAAUGUCCACCCUGACAAAGAUGCCGCUGUGACUGUGUCGUCCUCACUGCUCCUUCCAUUGGAACAGUGUUCCGUGUGCACAGUCCGUGGCGGUGAGAAUGACACCCAGACGGCCUGUCACUCAUCUCUGGCCCUGGUCCCAGAUGAGGACAUCACCUUGCUCUUCAACUGCACUGAACUGCCUCAGAGGGCCUUUGCCAUCCAGAUCCACAGGAAAAUCGAUUGCACCAAGGACUCUUGCAGCCCUGCCACAGGUGCAGCUCAGCCUUCCCUCUUCCCAGAGUUCAUUAGAACUCUUGUCUGGCACCUAAAUGUGCCAGAGAUGACCGUUUUGAGUUUGGACUUCCCUAGUGACAGGCUGAAGGAGAUGACUGAAGCAGAGAUCUGUCAAGAUGGCUACCAGUACGCUGUAACCAGGACCAGCACUGAAGGAGAGGUCAAAACUCAGACAUACUGCAGGAAUGGCCUUGUGGCUCACUUAGAUAUACUGAGCAACGCCACAGUGUCUUUGCAAGUUCAGAACGGCGGGGAGGUGAAUUCCUCUAUAUUCACGGCCACUGCCAAACCAAUGAAGAAACAGAGCCGAAUGAUGUCAGUGACCCCAGAGCCAGACACUAUCGUCACCAUCAGCAGAGACGCCAAAGCCAAAGAGUGCAGUGUGUGUGUUGGGGAGGGGCCUACCUGUAACUCCAAAGAACUCGUCCUGAAAGACGCCCACAACAUCUCUGUGACGUUCACCUGCCCACAGCCACAAUAUGUCUUCAGUGUGCAGAUCAACAGGGAUAUUGAUUGCACAGAGAUCGCCUGCAGCGGGAACAUUGUCCAGGCGGAGUCCUCCCUCUUCCCAGACUUCAACAGAACCUUCACCUGGGACCUGAAAGUUCCACCUGGCCUUUCCUUCCAGCUGGACUUCCCAUCACCGGGAAUGAGACAGAUCCCACCCUCUGAGUCCUGUCCUGACGAGCAUACCUACACCAUCAUCACGUACCAGCGCACCGGGCCCGCCACCAUCGGCAUGUUCUGCCCAGAUGGCACCAUCACCACGGUCCAGGUGCUGUACAAGGGCCGAGUGUCCCUGCAGGUCCCUGGGGACAGGAAGCUGGAGCCGCUGGACUUCAAGGUCACUGUUGGGCCGGAGAUUAAAAUGCUGGCUGUGGUAAAAGUCAACCUACCUCGUGGGGUGUCCGAUACAAACUUUCUCUCAGCCAACUACCCUAGAGGUUUCUCUGACAAUGACCUGAUGAGGUGGGACUUCAUGGUGCCCGGCAUGCAUAACUACACAGUUACCUUCCUGAAUUACACGGCGCCUCUCUGCCGGAAGAAGAAAGUGAUGGUGAUUUACGACAAGGAGGGAGAGGAGGUGGGCAUCCAGAAGACCCUGGUGGACCCCCAGCCAACACACAGGCAGGGCAGCUUCACCAUGACUAUGUUUAACUGUGAGACUGACAAGACCAAACAGGGCCUGUCCCUACAUUUCAGGCUCUCGGUAAUGAGGAGCGGCCAUCCAGUUCUCUGCACUGUAAAUCUGUCAGAGGAGGAAGGGCCAUUCCUCCACAUUGAGAAGAUGGGCUCUGACUCCCACUGUGAGAUGAGGAAGGACUCUGUGGUCCAGGAGAAGAUCACAGUUCCCUCAGGGACCAAAGCAAGUCUUUCUUUCCUGGACUGUCCAAGUGAAGACCUACGUCUGACAGCCACGAAAACCAUAGGAUGCCAGAGUUUGGAUUCAUGCUCUGUGAACGGGACUCUUCUCACGGUCCCCAAAAUUCCGAUGUGCCUCCCUACGCUACUACAAAGCUUCACCUGGCACCUCAACAUCCCAGUAUAUGGCACUGUGGAUCUACUAUCCCCCACAGGAAACCUCAGGCAGUCCCUGCCAGGACAGGAAUGCAAUGGGAGUGUCUCCCUUCACAUAGCGGAGGGUGAUGGGUCCUCCAUUGGCUACUUCUGCUCCGAAGGCAUCAUUCGCAAAGUCCAAGUGCACUCCAACGUCUCUGUCACUGCCACAGCCAAGGACCUUAGCCUGAAUCAAGGGCCUUUCCUCAAUGUGUCCUUCAGUGAUGAAAUCUCAGAGAGCAUCAUAUAUACUGUCCAGCCCCGAAUGGGUUCCCCUGCCCUCCUGGCCACCCCAAACUGGCCCAACGGUAUGAAGCCGUACUCCACCGUGUCCUGGAUCGUCAAUCUGCCGGGCCACCUCCAGGCCAACCUGCUGUUCACUAACAUCAGCCAGCCCAAGUGUGGCCAGGGGCACACGUGCAUCAAGGUGCAGACCCUGGGCUCUCCAGAGGAGCUAUUGAGUCAAAGGGAGGAUGAGGCGGCAGAGGACAAGCUGAUGGUCCCUGAGAGCUUCUACCUCAACAUGUCCAACUGUUUGCCGGAGGACAGACACUUCAGUGUGCUCAGCAAGGUCACCCUACAGAAUACUAGCAUGCUGCUCCAGAGCUCCAUUCUGUGGGCUGUGGGAGCAGUGCUGCUCCUUAUGCUCAUUGUGCUGGCAGUCGUCUGCUUGGUGAUAAGGAAGAAGAAAAGAACGAUGGUCAAUGAGGCUUCCAUCUUCGUAAGGAAAGGGAAUAUCUUCAUCCCAGGCGACGGCAUGUUCCCCAAAACCCGGUCGGACAAUGAGUCUCAUGUCUACGCCUCCAUCGAAGACACCAUGGUGUAUGGCCACCUGCUCCGCGAGCCCAGCUAUGUGGGCACCAUCCAGGCCCACUUCCAAGGACAGCCGGUCGACACCUACCGGACAUUCAUGCCGCUCCAGGACGGAGUGCCAGAGAUCACAGAGACUGCUGCAGACCACGAGCCUGAACUGGUGCCUGAGAAAGAUAUGCACAGACCUUUCCUGGACCCGUCGGAAUCCUUCAUGCCAUCAAGACCUCGCACGCCCAUAAACCGUCACAACAGCAUGGGCUUCAUGGACCGCAGGAUGGUGGACAAUGAGCUGUGCACGUUCAAGAGCACUGGGGAUAUAAAUACGAUUCGACUGUCGGGUGCAGACCAAAUCCUAGAACCGGAGAUCUUCAUCGGCUCGGAUGGGGAGGAAUCCAUUUAGCGUACUGUGAGAUGGACUACUGUUAAUUAUUUCACAUUGUUGCAAGUUCACUGCAGUGUAGAAAUGGAGCGGAAAUGUGCCUUUGCAUAACAAUCAGGGCGUCUGUAUUAGUGGUGUGUUGUCUACUGCAUAAGACCAUCAGACAACACUGGUACUACAUUUCAUUCGAGCCUCUGAGUCUACGCUUCCUUACAGCACAUGGUGCUGCUAUUCUGAUUUUACAAUACUGGUGGACUUGGUUUUUGUGUAUAUUUCUUGAUUGUUUUAUAUGCUAGUAUGUACUUAAUAUAAUGAAUGUUGCCCUGGGCCACUGGUGUGCCAUGGAUUUAGGAGCAGGGUUGCAUCUAAUGAGUAACCUUGAGUUACUUUUAGCUUUUUUGCAUUGUUGAUGCUGUUUGACAAAGGUUUUUUCUCUGUAAAUGUAUUUUUAGACAUUACCAAACUUUCUCUGCCAAUUAUAUUAAUUAAUGAAUUAGACAUUUUGAGUGGUCUGUGAAAGUGUAGUGUGAUAUUGUGAGUAAUAGUUUUUUUUAGGAUAGACAAGGUAAUCAAUCCAAAAAACACUAAAACUUACAAAGAAAAGACAAAAGGCUUCCUUGUUGUUAUGGGGAAAAGUGACAUUAUUAAUCCUUUGGCUAAAACCUGUGACCUUUUAAAUCCCAUCUUGUAGCUUGUUAUAACCUUGAACCACGGAAGACCGAUUGUUUGGAAGGUUGGAGUGGUUACCAUUGAGUAUUUGUUGAGGGACUUUUACAGGAAACAACCAAACCUUUAGCCAGAAUCCAAGGGUCAUCAGAUUGUGGCAAUAAACUUUGGUUUAAAAUCUU